AUGCCUGGUAUCGCGUCGGAGCCGUUCUUCGGUUGCAAGCGCAACGUCGAUACGGGCGAGGUUGUCCCGGCGGAGCUGAUGGAAGGUAAGCCGCAGUGCUGGGUGCACGGCACGUACUUCUCGCGCGUGAACAAGCUCAUCACGCGCACGGAGGAAUGUUCCCGCCGCGAGAGCUCUGGCGCGCUGUUCGACCAGUUGGAGCUCAAGUCGAACCCGCGCGGAACGCUGAGCGCGUUUAUCGCGAAAUACCCUUCGACGGUGUCGACGCUGCUGUCGCUGCCGGACUGCGACUUCUUCCUGGAGCUGUGCCGCACGGGUGGAAAGCCGGUGAACUUCGUGCCUGCGAUCACCAAGGACUUCAAGACGUGGUUCAAGAAGGCCUCUAUCACGGUGGUGGAUGAGCCCGUGGCGGACAUCCUGGGAGGCAUCAACUCGGGCUUCAUCAACGUUGUCAAGGAGAGCAGCGCGAUUUCUGCCGCGUCGGUUGCGGCUACCAAGCAGACUGUGGACAUCGCUGGAGUUGAGUGGCUUGCGGCGCUCGCCGCGUCCGUGAGCGACAAGGACUGGCUGAAGGCGCUCAUCUCGUCGACCCACGUCGUGAAGGAGAAGAAGUGGCUUGUGAACCCGGCUAAGUACGUGAUCGACGCUGCCGGCAUUCGCGUGUUCGACAGAUCGAUCGACAUUUCUGGCCCCGUGAUCGAGAUCGCGAAGAAGGGCACAGCGAGUGCCGUUGUGGUGAAUGAGGUUUGCCCAGCAGUGGCCGAGCUGAAAGUCGGCAUCGUGUCGAUGGAGAUGACGUUCCAGCACCACCCUGAGCUGUUGUGCUCAAUCCACGCUAAGGGCAGCGGCUUCAUCGACAUGGCGAUGGCCAUCGAGGACAAGAAAGAGGAUUCGUGUGAGGCUGCGUGCGCGGAGAGCUCGUACCUGCCCAAGGUCGACAGUCAGGACGACGCCGCACGUUGGGUCAAGGGCCUUCUGCGCAGCGAGCACAUGGACGCCGAGAGCGACGCGUCCAGCGAGUACGGCGGCCGACGACCCCGAGGCACGUCCUCGGACUCGGGCGGUCGGCGCUCGUCCCUGUCCUUGUCGUACGUCGAGACGCAGAAUCCCGUGGUCCCCAACGCCAACGCCCUCGCGCGGCUCUCGCUGUCGCACGCCGACGCCCCGAAUCCCGAUGUGCCGAACGCCAACCUGAUCGCCCGUGCGUUGUUCUCCCAUCCCAAUCCAGUGGUCCCGAGUGCCAACAACACUGCCGCUACUGCUGCAGCUGGACCAAAGUAUCCGAUGGUGAAUUCCAACCAACAGGUCACGGGGGCGACGGUGACGACGACUGCCGCUGGAAAACCGCAGGACGAUGAGAAUCCAGCUGCGAAGGCGCCGUGCUGCCACCGCCAGAAGCCAGCGCAGUCAGCCAUGGGCAGCUCCGAUGAGGACGAGCGCAAGAAGCGCAGCAUCAACGAGAUGUUCGGCGACGAGGACUCGGACGACUCUGGCGACGAGCAGAAGCCCGUGAAGCGCGAGGCGUCGCCGCCCCCCAAGCGUCGCCGCGACGACGGAGACGAGUUCGACUCGGGCGAGGAGGCUGUGGCCACCAAAGAGGAUGACGACUUCAUCGACAGGGGCGACGACCUGGCCGACGUGUUGGGCGAGUACGACGACGACCGCCAGCAGUUCGACGACGAGCGGCCGCUCGGGGGCGAGCCCGAGCAGACGCAGCAGCACAAGGACGACUUCUUCGACCGGACCCUCAAGUCCCUUAAGACGGACCGCUCCCGCACCAAGCUCAGUCUGUCGCCGCAGGAGAUGGAGCAGAUCACGCAGGAGGUGCUCUACCGCAUGGACAAGGCCUACGCGGACGACCUGGCCAGCAUCGCCGAGCGCCGCCCGGCCCUGGAGAAGAUCAAGUUCGUGGACAGCGCUCUCCAUCCCAUGCUGCUGGACCUCGACCUGCUCACGAUCGUGAAGAAGUGGAUUCAGCCGCUGGAGGACGGCUCGCUGCCGAAUGUCGGCCUGCGUACCAAGAUGCUUCAGAUGGUCAGCAAGAUGACAGUGGUCUUGGUAACUUUCACGGCCGACUUCAGCAUCACGAAGGAGGAUAUCGUGGCGUACCGUGCCGCACUGGGUCUCAGCGUGGAUAAGGUGGGCGCCCCCACCGACUUCUUUACGAUCGUGUCGUGGCGUCCGCUGAUCAAGUCGGUGUUCACGAAGGAGGUGAAGGGCAACUUGAUGGACCUGGUGCACCUGAACCACUCGCACAGACUGCUGCCAUCCCGCAAGAUGUCCGCGACGUUCAUUCCUGGCGACGACAUCCCGAGCACGUCGAAUGUCAGCGGUCUGCACAUCACGGUGGGCGAUCAACUGGAGGAGGUGCUGGAGCCGCUGGUGGAGCUGCACGGCGAGUUCCUGAUCCGUGGCUCGUUCAAUGAGGAUGUGGAGAUCCUGAAGCUGAAGUCGUGGCCGAAGCUGGCUUCCGAGGCAUCGGUGAGCGUCGGUGACAACCUGUCGUUCGAGCUGACGACGAAGAAGCAGUACGCGUUGAUCAACUCGCUGAGCUCUGUGGAAGUGUCGGGUGUGCUGUGCCGUGAGGAGGCUGGCUCGAAGGUGGAGAUCGGCACGGUUGAGCUCAAGAGCAACGAGGUGAACGAGAGCCCCGGGGUGGCGUUCCUGCGCCAGGUGCAGCCGGCGGACGCGAAUGCCGGUGGCAUGUUUGCGAACGGUGGCUCGCACGUGCCAGAGAGCCCCGUGGCUUCGCGCAACCUCAACCCGAUUCACCGCUCGAAGUACGCUGCCAUCCUGGGCCACCUGCGGAAGGGCAAGCCGAUCAUGCACGGUCUAGCUUCUGUCCGCUUCGACAGCAACGUCGUUGACUACGACGUGAACUUCGACGGCAUGGUGUACCCGGACGAGAAGCUGUUCAUGCAGGCGCGCCACAUCGGCCUCGACGACGGCAAGAAGGUUCUGUCGGUGGAGGUUGUGAACGGUUCCGGCGAGGACGUGGUUAGUACGCGUGCUGUGAUGAAGCAGGCGCCGAUGGCGUUUGUGUUCCCUGGACAGGGCUCUGCCGCGGUGAACAUGGGCAUGGACCGCUACCAGGAGUCCUCAGUUGCUUGCGAGAUCUGGAACCGUGGUGAUAUGGUGCACAAGAACCCGAAGUCCAUUAUGGUGCACUUUGGCGUCCCUGGGCGAGUACGCUGGUUUUUGAACUCCUUCGUGGAAGCGCUAUCCGUGGAAGCACUCAUGGAUCUAGUAUUCCUGCGUGCAAUCAUCAUGCAGAAGGCUGUAAAGCGAGGUCAUGUGGACGGCAUCGAGGCUGCUUCGGGUAAGCUCCUGCAGAUUGUGAACUUCAACAUCCAGCAGCGCCAGUACGUGGUUGCUGGUGAGAACGUGAACUUGCAGACGCUGUCGCUGGCGUUGGCUGCGUUCAAGGCCUUGAAGUCGACCGCUCCGGUGGAGGAGGAAGAGGUGAUCGCAGAGUCGCUGGCGCAGGCUCGCGCUCGCAAAGAGAAGUGCGAGCAGAGUGGGCGUCCGUUUACGCUGUCCCGAGACCUGGCGACGACCCCGCUGGUUGGUAUUGACGUGCCGUUCCACUCGCGCGAGCUGCUGGGCGGCGUGCCGUCGUUCCGGGCGAUGCUGCGCACGAAGUUCGACCCGUGGGUGCUGGAGCGCCAGCUGUCGCUUCUGGUGAAUCGGUACAUCCCGAACCCGGUGGCCACUCCGUUCUCGCUGGAGCGAUCGUAUUUCGAGGAGGUGUACCAGGCGACGAAGAGUCCGUUCUUGGCGGAGGUGCUCGACCCGAUGCAGUUGCAGUUGACGACGAAGGCCCAGCCCGCGCACCUUCUGGUGGUGGAGCUGCUGGCGUACCAGUUUGCGGUGCCUGUGCAGUGGAUCAAGACGCAGGCGCUGCUGUUCUCAUAG